AUUCAUGCUACGCUUUGCGUCGCUCUGCCAGGCGCAGUCACCUCCUCCUUGGCAAAUAGUCCUCGGCGAGGUUCGAGUUCUUGGAUAAUUAGAGAGGGGAGGCACGAGAAGUUAAAGUCAGAGGACGCGGAAUCGACAAGGAGAGGAAGAUAGGGACCGAAGUUUUUCGAUAGUGUGUGAGCUUAGUUAAAAACUCCCCGCUUCCUAAGGAUCCCUCCGCCUGCAGUAGCGGUGGUGAGGCCGAGGGAGCCGCCAUUUUGGAUGUUCGGUUCCUGCUGCCACUGCUGCCGCCGCCCCCGGAGCUGCUGGUCUCAUUCGAGGUUUCGGGCCGAGGAUGCCAGCCCCCAUCAGAUUGCGGGAGCUGAUCCGGACCAUCCGGACAGCCCGAACCCAAGCCGAAGAACGAGAAAUGAUUCAGAAGGAAUGUGCUGCAAUCCGGUCAUCUUUUAGAGAAGAAGACAAUACAUACCGGUGUCGGAAUGUGGCAAAAUUACUAUAUAUGCACAUGCUGGGCUACCCUGCUCACUUUGGACAGUUGGAGUGCCUCAAGCUUAUUGCCUCUCAGAAAUUCACAGACAAACGCAUUGGCUAUUUAGGGGCAAUGUUAUUGUUAGACGAAAGACAAGAUGUUCAUCUUCUCAUGACCAACUGUAUCAAGAAUGAUCUUAAUCAUAGCACGCAGUAUGUCCAGGGGCUGGCACUUUGUACCCUCGGCUGCAUGGGUUCCUCAGAGAUGUGCAGAGACCUUGCAGGAGAGGUAGAGAAACUCCUGAAAACUUCCAACUCUUACUUAAGAAAAAAGGCAGCACUGUGUGCUGUGCAUGUCAUCAGGAAGGUUCCUGAACUUAUGGAGAUGUUUUUACCAGCAACAAAAAACUUACUGAAUGAAAAGAACCAUGGUGUCCUUCACACAUCUGUAGUCCUCCUUACAGAAAUGUGUGAGCGAAGCCCAGACAUGCUUGCACAUUUCAGAAAGAAUGAAAAGCUUGUGCCCCAAUUAGUUCGUAUUCUAAAGAACCUCAUCAUGUCCGGAUAUUCACCAGAACAUGAUGUUUCUGGUAUCAGUGACCCCUUUUUGCAGGUACGAAUUUUGCGGUUAUUAAGAAUUUUAGGACGAAAUGAUGAUGACUCAAGUGAAGCUAUGAAUGACAUAUUAGCACAGGUUGCUACUAAUACAGAGACUAGUAAAAAUGUAGGAAAUGCUAUUCUUUAUGAAACGGUUUUGACUAUCAUGGAUAUUAAGUCAGAGAGUGGACUGCGAGUCCUAGCCAUAAACAUCCUGGGUCGUUUCUUAUUGAACAAUGACAAGAAUAUUAGAUAUGUAGCCUUGACAUCUUUGUUGAAAACGGUGCAGACAGAUCAUAAUGCAGUACAGAGGCACAGAAGCACAAUUGUGGACUGUCUAAAAGAUUUGGAUGUCUCAAUAAAACGACGUGCAAUGGAAUUGAGUUUUGCCCUGGUAAAUGGGAAUAAUAUCCGUGGCAUGAUGAAGGAAUUACUUUAUUUUCUGGAUUCAUGUGAGCCAGAAUUUAAAGCAGACUGUGCAUCUGGAAUCUUUCUUGCUGCAGAAAAGUAUGCGCCUUCCAAACGGUGGCAUAUAGACACAAUUAUGCGUGUCCUGACAACGGCAGGAAGCUAUGUUCGUGAUGAUGCCGUCCCCAACUUGAUCCAGUUAAUAACCAAUAGUGUGGAGAUGCAUGCCUACACUGUCCAGCGCUUGUACAAAGCAAUUCUUGGUGAUUAUUCUCAACAACCUUUGGUACAAGUAGCUGCAUGGUGUAUAGGUGAAUAUGGAGAUCUUCUCGUAUCUGGCCAAUGUGAAGAGGAAGAGCCUAUUCAGGUAACAGAGGAUGAAGUGUUGGAUAUUUUAGAAAGUGUCCUAAUCUCUAAUAUGUCCACCUCUGUGACACGAGGUUAUGCCCUCACUGCCAUUAUGAAGCUUUCUACUCGAUUCACCUGUACUGUAAACCGAAUUAAGAAAGUGGUUUCCAUAUAUGGAAGCAGCAUUGACGUGGAACUCCAGCAGAGGGCAGUAGAAUAUAAUGCACUUUUUAAGAAAUAUGACCAUAUGAGGUCUGCCCUGCUUGAGAGAAUGCCUGUCAUGGAAAAAGUGACCACAAAUGGCCCUACUGAGAUUGUACAGACAAAUGGAGAGACAGAACCAGCUCCGCUAGAGACCAAACCACCACCCUCAGGGCCACAGCCUACCAGCCAGGCCAAUGAUUUAUUGGAUUUGUUGGGAGGAAAUGACAUAACACCUGUUAUUCCAACUGCACCUACAAGCAAACCAGCUUCUGCUGGUGGAGAACUUCUUGAUUUGCUGGGAGAUAUCAACCUUACAGGUACUCCAGCUGCUGCUCCUGCCCCUUCCUCAGUCCCACAGAUAUCCCAGCCCUCCUUCUUAUUGGAUGGGCUUUCAUCAGGGCCUCUCUUCAAUGACAUCGCCACAGGCAUCCCCUCCAUCACUGCAUACAGUAAGAAUGGCCUGAAGAUAGAAUUCACCUUUGAACGGUCAAACACCAACCCCAGUGUCACCGUGAUAACGAUACAGGCUUCCAACAGCACAGAGCUGGACAUGACAGACUUUGUUUUCCAGGCUGCAGUACCAAAGACAUUCCAGCUGCAGCUUCUGUCUCCUAGCAGCAGCAUUGUCCCAGCAUUUAAUACGGGGACCAUCACACAAGUCAUUAAAGUUCUGAACCCACAGAAGCAACAGCUGCGAAUGCGGAUCAAGCUCACAUAUAAUCACAAGGGCUCAGCAAUGCAAGAUCUAGCAGAGGUGAACAACUUUCCCCCUCAGUCCUGGCAAUGAGGGUCCCGCACCGUUUUCAUUCUUACCCCACUCAAUCAAAGGAACUCUGGGAAGGAGGUUGUGAUCGCUGGCAAGUCCCCCCCAACUGUACCAUGGGCAUGAGGAGCUGAAGAGAAGAACUGUUGAGGAGGAUUUUCCUAAAGUUACUGCUGACCUUGAAGCAUUGUUAAAGACUAAUCUCCUCUCCUCCACUGUUGAGGCCGGCUGCUUCUGGAGGCUACUUUGCACUCUUCCUCCUCUACUCCUUUUUCCACACUUCUCCACCCCUCCCACAUUUACAGCCAGAAUCAACAUUCCCUGGGCCCCUGAGGAAAUAAGCAGCUGGUCUGGAGGAGUGGACUGGAAUCCAUGGCAAGAAAACACUCACUCUGUCUCUGCAGCAAACAGUUGCCCCUUCUUUCUACUGUGUUUCUCUGUGGACUGGGCAAGGUGGGGUAUUUAUUCCUCACUAGCUGGGUCACCAUCUUCAGGCACUUUUUACAUCUGGCAUUCAUAAUGGAAAUGUAAGAAUGGACAUUAGGGAGCCCUGCCUUUUUCUACUGGUUCCCCCAAUGUUUGAAAGAGGCAUUAGGCUCCUGGUAGCCUUUUCUGUGCAUUGCUGUAUACACACAGACACACACAUGUAUGCAUGUUUGUCACCAAGAACUGGUCAGAUCUUGAGAGGCUAUUUGUAAACACUGGACAGAUGCAGUUUAAAAGAGCUUUUGUUGAGAUUUGGCAUGAAGGAUAUGGUGCUCUAUUUGUAAUAGAAACUUCCAAGGCUCUUCCAGCUCCCCUUUCUUUCCAUUCUUUAGCUGUAGUCAUGAAUAAAUAUUCCCCAUGAUUUUCAAAUUUGAUUCCCCUUAAAGUGCAAGGUGAACUUCUAAAAGAUAUACAUACACACAUAUAUAUGUAUGUGUGUGUAUAUGUAUAUACACACACACACACACAUAUACAUGUAUGUGCGUGUAUAUAUAUAUAUAUAUACACGCACAUACAUGUAUGUGUGUAUGUAUACACACACAGAGUUAUUAAUGCCCCUAUUCCCACCACAAAUUUUAAAGAUUCUCCUAAGCCCGUAACUUGCCUGUUGAACUAUGGUAAAUGGGUGGAAAGAGGAGUUCACCACUUUUAAAGAUUAGACUCCUUAACAAAAGCACCUUUGCCCAUAGGAAGAGUGAGUAUCAGACUCAUCCUAGAGCAUACUGGAGUCAUUUUCCAUUACUCCAAACCUCCCUUUUUAUUUCCUGAGCCUGGCUUGGACCUUGGCAUUCCGUUUGAAUUCCUUCUUCUAACUGGAACAUUUGUGUUGUAUCUGUAACACUGGCACUGAAAUAAAGACCACACAGUUAAAGAAAUCUUUCCUAUAUUGUACUUUAUGGUGUUGGAAUGAAGCCUUGUAGCUUCCUUGCCCCAUAUGUCAGAGGAAGUCUUACGGACAUCAUAGAGUAGGGAAUAUCCUUUCCUGAGUCUGAGAAAUUGGUGUCUUGAGAGAGGCCAAUCUCAUGAAUAUCGGCAUCAAAGACUCUUGAGAUCUGGAGCUUUUUAAAAACUAAUGAGAGUGCCAAGUGGUUUUUUAGAAAGGACCCUUGUGUUUCAAACUUGAACAUUGAGUUGCUGGAAUGAGGUAGGGUGACUGUCCAGUGGUAUAUGUUGAAUGUACUGUGUACGUUCAGGUGCACAGGUGCAUGUCUGAUAUACUAAAGAAGAAAGGAAAGGUCAGGCCCACUUGACUCUUAAAAUAUUUGCAAUCAUUGUACUGAGUACAGUAUAAUGACUACUUUGGCUUUGGUCUUAAACCUGGGUACAAAUAUCCAUUUUCCCCCCUCCGUUUCACCAAGCCUUUACUUAAAAUUUUCAGUGUCUUGUCAAAUCUAGCUCUGCAUCAGAUGCUAGACUAUUCCUAACAGUUGACAAACUGGAGUUGAACUCUAGGCUCCAAAGGGAAACUUUUCUGGUCUUAACCAAUAUAUAAGAUCAGGAUUUGCUAAAACUUACUCCACUAGGUAAAUGGUUGACUGAAUCAAGGACAGGAUAUUAUCUUGUGCUUAGUUUUCAGUACAGCAAGUGUGUACUACUAUGUAUUUUAGACAACUGCUCUGCCUGUGCAAUGAAAAAUAGCCUUUAAAGGUUGCUUUGCAGACUGAUUUCAUUGGAUGGAUACUUAAUGCUGUGAAACAUAAUAGGAUUAACACAAUAUUGGUGGAUUUCUUGAAUUGAAUUUGUCUAACAUUCCUCUUUGUGGUAGAGGCUUUAUUUUCUCUCUUAGACAUUUAUAGUUAACCAGCUCAAAUUUCUUUAGUUGAACAGAGUUGAAUCUCAGAAAUCUGCUGGAGACCAUGCUGUACGACAGUGCGAGCUAAUGGAGCUGGAAAGGGUCUGCUCUAGUAACAAAGCAUCUCCUUAGAUAAUGAUAGUUUUAAGGUAGAGUUAUAUGAUCAUCCAUAGCUUUGUCUAGAAGGGAUGAAAAUCAUGGCCUUAACACAAAGGGUGUUGUGUAGACUAUGAAGUGAUUUCAGAGAGUACCUGAGCAUGGUACUGAAGGACUAGCGGCCAAAUACUUGCCUAGGAUACUGAUGGUUGUGAAGACUGUUUCAAAUGAUUGGAUCUUUGAAAGCUUCAGUGUGCCUUAGUUUCUAGGAUCAGAAUUAGUUCUCCUCUCACUUGGCCUUGCUGCUAAAAGAAGUCUCUUAAUUUCGAUGAGUACUUGCACAUUUCAGUAAUUUCUUUCCCUAGUAUAACCAUUCAAGGGGGAGCAAAUUUGGAUAGACUUACAACUUUAGAGCCAUUGUAAGGAAAGAGCGAUUUCCAUGGUGGUUUUAAUAACUCCAGGGUGAUAAGCAGUGAGCCUAUACACACUUACUUGGACGAUUUCACAUGUACUUUUACCUCAUUUAUUCCCUCUUCCAGAGUAGUUUGUAUCCUCUCCCCUCUCUUUCCCCCCAGUAAUCCUAAGGGAGAAUUAAUCUUAAGUAAUCUCAAAAAAUUGUAGGAAGGGUGCUCUACCCGAGAAGCUUUUCCCACAAUGCUCCGGUGCUGUUACCUUGAGGCGAUUUGGACAGUCAUGGAAUGUUUUAUCUGUGUAUAGCGAUCGUCUGUUUAUUUUAAAGUUAUUCUCAUUUAAAGAAACAUUCCUCAAUGUAACGAUUGAGAGAGGAUUCUUUCCUCUUGCUAAGUUAAAGAUGUGGUUCGUACCCCUUGUUUGUCCCAUUCAUAUAAGAAAAUAGACUUUUAAAACUGUCCAGCACUAAUGGUUUGAGUAUAUCUAUAUAACUAAUAUGCUUUCAAUUUUUAUGUUCUUCUAGACGAGGUUGGAAGUUAGGGGAUACUGUGUUUGAGUUUCAACUUCUUUAUCUUUUGCAUUGGAAAAUAUUUGGGCCGUGAGAACUAGGGGAAAAAGUUUGAAUGUGUGUAUUUUUUCUAGUGAAUGUACUUUAUCCACAUUGUCCUAAACCGAGAGAGCUAGAGAGCAAAAAGUGGAUAUUCACAAACUUUGUGGUUGGUGGAGAGAGGUGUUACAUGUCUGUGUACUCAUGAGUUUGGGAGUGGGGAGGAUCACUGAAGAGAGAAUUGCUCAGAAAGUGCUGACGUUCAAAACACUUUGACCAGCUUUGGCUCAGAAGGGUGGGGCUGUUUGUAGAACUGGAAGUGAAUAACUCUUUUUCAAGCAAUAGCAGUGAGUGGGUCCCAUCUACUCCAGGGGUUCCAGACCUGGAACACUUAAACAGAAGAAAAUGCUGAAGCAGCUUGCACAGUUGCUUCACGAACUUCCACGAGGUUGAUUGAUUCUGGCUUCAAGAUGGAGCAUUGGAGUUAUUUUUGUUUUUGUUUUUGGAACCUGCUGUUGCGCUUUGUGUGUUUUGUUUUUGUUUUCUAUUUGGGGGCCACAUGGGAAAGAGCUACUGAACUCUUUCCUCUGUGAAUUCCCACUGUGUCCCUGUAAAGUCCUUUUUCUUUCAAAAUGUUGUAAGUUACAUUUUCAUUUUCAUGCCCCAUCACAUCUUAUUUACUGUAAAAAUAUUAAAAGGCUGUUUCCAAGUGGGACGGCUAAUGAAGUUCUAAUUAUUGCAGACAUAUUUUUGAGAUGUAAAAAAAAAUUUAAAAUUAAAUGAUAAGUCUUAGAGGCGAGUGAGGAGUAAAAUGGAUGUAAACAUUUACAUGGGAUGCAUUAGAAUUCUGCUGUGUGUAUUGUCUUUUGGUUGAAACAAAUUAUGAACAGUGACUAAUAAUAAAAAGUCAAUACUCAAUGAUUUAAAA